AUGGCAUUUUUGACAUUGGCAGUCCUGGCGUCUGCAGCAGCCGAUCCCACCGUCUUCGACCCCAAGGUGCUUCAAUCGACCCAACUGAGGGGGUUGGGAAGCGAUCCUUUCAGUGAGCCAGAACGAGAAAAUCGCUGGCUCAAGGAUAUCAGCACCAGCACCAAGAACUACUUCAAGAAGGUCCUGGCUCCGCUCCAGACGCCCAUCGUGCAGGAGUUCCAAGUGCUGACGAUUCUGGAAAGCUACGUCAAUUAUACCAUGGACAAGGUUGAGAACGCCACUGGCUAUGCAGUGAUUUGGAACCGCACCCAUCGUAUGCUGAUGGAGGAAACGGAGGAGACUUUUGAUGCGUCUGGGAGAUCCUUGUACGGCCGCAGGCGCAGACCGAUCGGGGAGAAAAAUUUGCCGCCGCGUGCUCGCUACAUCAACAAGAUCCUCAUGUACUUGAACAAAGAGAUGGAUUUGCUUUGGAACUACAACACCAUCAUCGAUCGUAAGCGUUGGGGCGUCGGCAACACCAUCACCUCCUCACCCUAUGGUCCUCAUGGCGAACAUCCCGAGCGCUGGAGGGCCAAUGGUUCCUUUCCCGUGCCGAUUGCGCCAAAUCACACCAUUCUACUGCAGGAAUCUGCUGACGUCCAGCAAACCAAGAUCAAACUUCGCGUGAAGGCCGAUGAGAAGAAGUUCACAAACAAGUAUGCCCUGCAGUUGCAAGCGGACUACUACUCUUUGGUGGACAACAUCAAUGAUGCAAGUGAGAAGAUCAGUGAUUUGCGAAACCGUCUGUGGAAGAUGAACGACUUUGCCGACCAGUUCAUCGUAUUGCCGUCAGGUGUGUGGAACAAGAUUGAUGCGCAGGUCUAG